AUGGCGCUACUGGUCAUCAACGGCGUCGCCCGAACGUUCCAGAUUAUCUGUGCCGCCGUUGUCCUUGGCCUCUCAAUUACCCUCAUCAAAAGCCAAAGUUACGGCACCGUUGCAGCCAACAACUAUGCCGCAUUCACGGGUGGUUUCGCCUUGCUCGUCGGUCUUAUAGGAGUCGCCGCCAUCUUCAUCGAGUCCCUGGCUGGUCUCAUCAUGGUCGCUGCCGACGCUCUAGCUGCCCUGUUCCUCCUCGCCGGUGGCAUCGCCGUCGCCGUCAAGCUGCGUCAUCUCUCAUGCAGCUCCAAGUCCGACGAGAAUAGAUACAGGCUCGGCAAAAACGAGUUGACCAACGGCGGUUGCAUCAAGGACAACAAGGGCAGGCUGCAAGACUGCGGCGCCCACUCGGUUGGCAGCGCGCUCGAUCGCUGCGUCAAGAACAGCGCGGAUGCGGCAUUCAUGAUCAUUACCGCCGUCCUUUGCAUGGGCACGCUUGUCAUCGCUCUGCUAGCAAUGAAACGAGGAGGUGGCAUCGGGAGGAAGGGUGUUGUCGUCUAG